GUUCGUGAACGUACUGGGUAUCCAUGGAUAUCCGGAAUACGACAUUUGGGAUCAGUCUCCUCACCUUCAGAGCUCCAAACUGCAGUUCGCACGCUGGUUCGCAAGGUUGCAUGGUGUCAAGCUCACUUUUGUGCGAAGGCACGUUGCUGUCUGUGACAAAGGGGCACCAUCCUGCAUGCGACGACACGGAAACCCUGCACUAUCCGCUUCGUUGGUUGAAGACGCCGUUUGCGCCGCAAAAUAAACAGAGAAUAAUGGAGUGCUCAAUUCUUAACUUACUAGCGGUAAAUCGCCCUGGACUCGGUGUCGGCGACUGCACCCCAUGCGUGUAAAAUUAAUUAAUUCUAGUAUAACAGCAACCCCAUGCUGUGUGUCAAGUAUUAUUUAUUAAUUAAUACUUACGAGAUACUUCGAGCACA